AUGAAGACCUGGUGCAGCAGGGGGUGGUGCCGCCUAGAACGAGCCGCUCGCGAACUGUCGCCAAAGAGUGCUUGGAUUCUGAUCCAGAGCGAGACCUCCAUUGAAGUUGUUGGCACAGUGUUGUCGCUUCCUAGUGGCCCCGUUGGGGAAGGCGACUUCGAGAUCGAGGAAGAUCGACAGAAGCUGGCUCCCGUUAUGCGGCAGAUCUUAAUCCGAAAGCUCCUUCAUUGCCUGCGAGUGGGAGACUUGCCUGGAUUCCGGCGCCACCUCAACCUGCAGACGGUUCACCUUCGAGGGCUGCAGGUCGAGCCAGUGUCCGGCCUUCUUCCUAGCCGAGAGGGUGGUGAUGAUGCGGAAGAGUUCCUACACCAAAACGGUUCGAGAAAGAUCGGUGAGGCCGACAGCGCUGGGUGGUGGCCUCUGCACUACGCAGCACUGGCCGGCAACGCAGAGGUACUGAGAGGGCUGCUCGAGAAGCGUGCCAACGUGAACCGGCGCACCUCUAAGGAUCAGCCCGAACUGGGCUUUCCGUUUGGGACGUCGGCUUUGGAUCUGGCGGUGUUCUUCAAGCACCACGAG